AGGAACCGUGCGUUAGGAUGCUGAGCCAGACACCUCUGUAUCAUCUGUAUCAUCUGUCUCCUCAGCACCACACGUCCCACUCGGAUGGACACACUGACAGAGAUAUAAAUGGAGGUUCAGGGGUGUCACAUGAAGGAACUGGACGUCUAUACAACGUUAAAUGGCUUUGCAUUAAAAAGCAAAACCUUAUCGCUUCUCCCGAGAGUAAUCCAUCUCUGAGGAUGAGUGUCCAGCGGCCCUGGAGCAGCAGAGGGCGGCCUCUCCCAGCCAUGGAGCUACAAUAGAAAACAACCUUCCUAGUAAACAUCAAAUGCACUCAAAGCCCAUCUAGAUGCUGCAUAAUGCCUUCCAAGGUCUCGUGUUUGUACCUUCUGACGGUGGUCUGCUGGGCGAGUGCUCUGUGGUAUCUGAGCAUCUCGCGCCCGUCCUCCACCUACGUGGGCCAGAUGCACAUCCCAAUCCGCAAGGCCCCGAAGCCGCCCAGGAACGAGACCUUCAGCAACAUCCACACGCGGCCCCUCAACCCCCACGCCUUCCGCUUCGUCAUCAACGAGCCAAAGAAGUGCGAGGAGGUUCCCCCCUUCCUGGUGAUCCUCAUCAGCACCACCCACAAGGAGUUUGACGCCCGGCAGGCCAUCCGGGAGACCUGGGGCGACGAGGGCUCCUUCGGCGACGUCCGCAUCGUCACGCUCUUCCUGCUGGGCAGGAACACUGACGCUAUCCUGAACCAGAUGGUGGAGCAGGAGAGCCAGAUCUUCCACGACAUCGUGGUGGAGGACUUCGUGGACUCGUACCACAACCUGACGCUGAAGACCAUGAUGGGCAUGCGCUGGGUGUCCACCUACUGCCCCAAGGCCCAGUACAUCCUGAAGACAGACAGCGACAUCUUCGUCAACAUGGACAACCUGAUCUACAAGCUCCUCAAGCCCACCACCAAGCCCCGGCGGAGGUACUUCACAGGCUACGUCAUCAACGGGGGUCCGAUCCGGGACAUGCGCAGUAAGUGGUACAUGCCCAGGGACCUGUACCCGGACAGCAAGUACCCGCCCUUCUGCUCGGGCACGGGCUACGUGUUCUCGGCGGACGUGGCCGAACUUAUCUUCAAGACUUCGCUGCACACCAGGCUGAUCCACCUGGAGGACGUUUACGUUGGCCUGUGUCUGCGCAAGCUGGGCGUCCAUCCGUACCAGAACAGUGGCUUCAACCACUGGAAGAUGGCGUACAGUCUGUGCCGGUACCGUCGCGUCUUCACCGUCCACCAGAUCUCCCCGGAGGAGAUGCAUCGCAUCUGGAAUGACAUGUCAAGCAAGAAGCACCUGCGAUGUUAGGCUUAUCUCCAAGGAGCUCCUGAGAAGUUAGCAUUAGCUCAAAGGAGUGCCUGAGAUGUUGGCAUUAGCUCAAAGGAGCGCCUGAGAUGUUAGCAUUAGCUCCAAGGAGCGCCUGAGAUGUUAGCAUUAGCUCAAAGGAGCGCCUGAGAUGUUGGCAUUAGCUCCAAAGGGCGCCUGGGUAAAUGAUUUCCAGGGGGAAAACGGAAGGCCCUAUACAAUUUUUUCCUUCUUGCCUUUGUUCUCUUCAGUUUGAAUGUGUCUGGUUCUGCUCAAUGUGGUGGAACAGGAGAUAACGUGGAGCUACUCCAGGCUCCUACGUAUGUCAACCGGUUUGUAUCUGCGUCGAUCUGAGCGUCUGUCGAAUGAUUCAACCCAACGGUCCUUAAAGACAUUCGCCUUGUCACACACGUGCUCAUGCAUUGAAAUGUCUUAUUGCUAGUCCUUUGUAAUUGGUGCGGCUUUUACUUUAUUCAAAUGGGUUGAGGCCAAUUUAUCUUGUUUAACUUGAUUAUGCUGAUGACAUACAUUGUUACAUUCACAAAAAUAACAGCUGUUUUAAUUUAUUCAUUCAAGACUGAGAAAAACAAACAUUUUCCAUACACUAAAUAUAACUUCGGGAAGGACGACAUAAUGUGCUUCCUAAUCUGCCUCAUUCAUUAGACUGUAGGAGGGCUCUGUGAUUUACUGAUGACAUUCAUUAGACCACAGCUGUAAGAGGGCUCUGUGAUGUGCUGAUGUCAUUCAUUUAUUCUGUUUGAUACGUGAGAUGGAAAGUCUCCAGCAGGGAUGAAGUGAACCCUUUCCAUCAGCGGUUGCUGAAUCCUCAUGCAUGCUACCCUUAAGGGAGUCGCUGUUCUCUGUUAACAUGCUGCCCUUGAGGGAGUCGCUGUUCUCUGGUAACAUGCUGCCCUUAAGGGAGUCGCUGUUCUCUGGUAACAUGCUGCCCUUAAGGGAGUCGCUGUUCUCUGUUAACAUGCUGCCCUUAAGGGAGUCGCUGUUCUCUGUUAACAUGCUGCCCUUGUUUAAGGAGUCGCUGUUCAUUACUUCUCAGUUUCUACAUGCAUUUAUUUUAUGGGCACAAUAGUAUGUUAUGUUAUGUCUGUAUAAUGGGCAAGCUACUGGUUGAUAAAUAUACAGUUGGUAAUCUUCAGCCUCAUAUAAAAGUACAAACACUGCAUCAUAUCGUGGUAAGUACAUUAGAAUGGUACCAGACCAUUCUUCUACUGCUUAAGAUUGAGGAACUAUUCUUCUCAUCCCAGACUGUAUAUCCGGUGUGAAACUCAAUGGAAGCACUAUUGAAAUAAUGGACACUUUUCUAACAACAAAACUGGCUUUGACUUCCAAAUUUUCUUUUUUAAGUUCCUCUUCAAAGUCUUCAAAGCUCUUUUACUGUGAAGCAGAAUCCUUUGCAAUGGUCCGCUGUUGUAG